GCGCCGAGGCUGCUGGCACACCGGAGCCCACAGAAAUCCUUCUUUGAGACACUCAUCAGGAGCCUGAUCAUCUUGUGUGUGGCAAUAGCGGUGGUCUUGUCGUCCAUCUCCAUCUGCGAUGGCCGCUGGCUCUUUGCGAGGGGCCAGCUCUUCGGACUCUGGCACUUCUGCACCGUUAGCAACGGCAGCGUCCUGAAGUGUGUCACUGAUCUCAGCCUGGCCAAGGUGGAGGGGCUGAGCGUGGGGGUGAUUCCCAUAAGAAGCAUGGUCUCCUUUGCCGUUGUGGUUGCUAUAUUUGGCCUGGAGCUGCUGAUGGUGUCCCAAGUCUGCGAGGAUGCCAAUGCAAGGCGGAAGUGGUCAAUGGGCUCGAUUCUCAUCCUUGUCUCGUUUUUUUUGUCGGCCACUGGGGUUCUGAGCUUCUCCAUCCUCGUGAAGGAUCAUCUCACCUUCACAGGCUUCACGCUGACGUACUGGUGUGAGUUCAUCGCUGCCUUUCUCUUCUUCCUUAAUGGGAUCAGUGGACUCCACAUCAACAGCCUCACACACCCUAGGAACAGGGUAGGCAAAAUCUAG